CCCUUUUCUUUUACGUCCUGACAACAAACUUAAAUGGUUGGCUCCUGGUGUUCAACAUAAAAAUUCAAUCUUUAUGAGUAUAUUUAUUAAAGGGGAUUGUUUGAGAUACUGAUUAAGGAGAAGAAUUUUACUGAAAGGUUAAAAUUAAACCCCAAAGGCUGUGUGUCCAAUUUCCAGGUAGUGUUUUUGGUUCAGCCCUUCAAUUUCUCUCUCUACCUCUCUCUCUCUCUCUUCGUAUCUUCCUUUCCUCCAUUCUUCUGUUUGUUCUCUGGUUCAAAAUUUCCCCCAAUUUGUAGUCAUAUAAAGUGGGGGAAAGAAGGAUUAAGAAACAAUAUAGAUAUUCAAAAACCUAACUCUUCUUUCUUGAAUGAUGGUUUGGACCUUUGGUCCUCCAUCUUCGUCUUUGCUCUCCUGCUUUCUCAGUUAACAAAUAAAACUAACCCUUUUUGUUGGUUUGGUUACUAAUUCAUUCCUGUUUCUAAUGCAAAAUUUCCCAACUGGGCUUCUUUUACAUGUAAUCUUCCUGCUUUAACUUGCUUUGUUGUUCGUGAUCUCGCCCACUAUGACGCUGGAUUCUCCUCCUCCUCCUCCUCCGAUCCCUUCUGACCGAUCCUCCCCUGAGCCCCUUUCCCACAUCGACAACCCCAACCCCACCACGGCUAACCAUGACCUUAUUCUCGAGAACGAGCCCACCACCACCACUAUAUCCGAACAACCCACCACGAGGAGAAACCGACCCUCUCGGGCUUGCACCCUUCGUGCUGCCGAGCGGCUAUUGGCUGCUCAGUCAGUGGUCGAGCGCAAGCCGAAGCCUAAAAAGGAGCAGCCAACCGAAGAGUCGCCACAGCAGCAGCAAUGCAGCAAGAUCGUGACCCCUCUGGUUGAGGAGCCUUCGCCCUCACAGUUACCACGUUGGAAUCUUCGGUCGAAGUGGGAACUGGCGUCCGUACUUAAUUUCUUGCAUGUCUUCAGGCCACUAUUGAAUAUUCAUAAUGAAUUCACGGUGGAGGAGUUUGAGACAGCCUUGAUUACACCCAACGACACUUUGAGUGACAUACACAUUCCAUUACUCAAGGCAAUUCCUCCUAUUACAAGAAUGGCCCUUACUCGGGAUACAUGGGUGACUGUAUUGUGCAGAAAGCUGCGAGACUGGUGGCACUGGGUUGCUGAAGGGGAUCUGCCUAUUGUUGCUUCACAUGGAGUUGAAAUUGAAGUUUAUAAAAAUCUUGAUCCUGGGAUGCGUGUGGUUAUCUUGAAAGCACUAUGCGACAUUCGUGUUGAGCAAGAAGAUAUCCGCAGCUACAUUGAAAAUUCACUAAAGCAUGGAGUUCAACUUUCAGCGUUUCGCAAAGAACGAAUUGGUGGAGAUUCACAUGGAACUCAUUUCUGGUAUGAGGAUGAUCCCAUUAUUGGUCAUCGUUUGUACCGUGAGAUUAGGAAAGUCGAGUUGAAAAAACCCAAGGCCAAAGGUUCACAAGUCCUUCCUUCUACAAUAUACCAGUGGGAAACAGUUGCAACCAAUUUUGAUGAAUUUCAAGAUGUGUCGGAAAAGCUUUUUACAAGUAAAAAUCGUUCAGAGGCUUCACUUGGCAAAAAGUUGAAGGUGGACAUGCUUCCUGAGAUCGAGAAGGUUCACAAGAGAAAAGAAAAGUUGCUGAAAAAACAGCAUAGACAAGCUCUUCUCUUGGAUAGUUUUGCACUUGUGGAUGCGCUCGCUCCUGGACGCUCGCUUCGUGACAGAAAACCCGUCACUUAUACAUUUGAUGAUUAUGACCGAUCGAUCAACGAGGCUAUCAAGACGACCAAGCGUAAGGCGCCAUCCCCAGAACCUAAUGAUAGAAAAGAAGAUGUUGUAAAGCUUGAACCUUCUGCGAAUGGAAAAUGGAGCGGUCCGUCGUAUGCAUCUCAAAACUCCAAUUUCAGUGCACUAUCUCCCAAGUCACCUGAUUACGACGAUGCCGAUGAAGACCAUAUGUCCGAACAGUUGGAUCGCAGCAAUAGACGGAGACAAAGGCCACAACGGUAUUCAGAAAAGGAUUAUGUGGAAGCGUUGUCAGAUAACGAUGCAGACUUCGACAGUGACGAUGACAUAGUUGGUGAAGCUGUGUAUGAUGAGGAGUAUCUACGAAAACGCAAGCAGAGGAGGAAAACAUCCAGCAGUUCCGAAGGAGACGAGGAGUAUCACUAUGAAGAAGAUAACGAGGAAGAGGAGGAGGAAGAGGAAGAAGAAUCCUUUAGCAUUAGUGAUGACAGCGACCGGCCACGAAAAGUAAAAAGAAUGCGAGGACGUACACGGAGGGGAACGAAGCUACGGUCUGUUGGUGAGAUUCAAUCAGGUCUGAGACGUAGUAAAAGGGCUACUCGAAGCAAAAUAAAUUAUGGGCAGUACGAUCUUUCAGAAUCUGAACCAGAGAAUAACAAUGAUAAAAAGACUAGUGCAUCAGAUGAGCACACUGAUGCUAGUGAGAACGGGGAUUAUUCGGUUGAAAGUCGAGGAGGGUCUGAUAACGAGGAGGACGACGAAGAAGAAGAAGAGAAGGACCAAGAAAUGAAAGUUGAUCAACCUGAUGAAGAAGAUUAUGCAGAGAACGUAGAGGAGCAAAAUCCUCCUCCCGAAAAAUCGAAUGGCCCAGAUCAAGAUGAAACCGAUGACGCAAGAAAAACACAGUUUCUUGAUCUAAAUGAACUUGCUCCAGGCUCUGGUUUCGACGAUGCCCCGACCACAGACAUGAAAGAUGAUUCGGAUGAGUCCUAGUAUCAUUCAUUUUGCUUGGUUAAUAGCAAUCGCUAUAGUUCGAAUUUGAGUGUACGAUAGUAAACUAUAAAUUUUGUGGUAAGGCUGCAGAAGAUAUUAGCGUCGGAGUUGUUCCCCAGGCUAAAUCAAGCAGUCGCGUAAAGGAUGAUGAUGAUGAUGAUGAGUCGAUAGAUUAGGGAGGCCAUUUUUUAGUAAUGUCCACAUUGAAUGAAAACCCAACAAUAGAUGGGGAAGGCGAAUUUGUUUGGUGUUUCUAUAGUUUUACCCAUCCCUGUACAAUAACCUUUUCACUAAUAUUGUAACCCAAAGAGUUGGCUUUUAGAUGUAUAACCUCUAUCUAUUCUGCUACA